CUUGCAGGACCAUCGAAUGUUCAAUAAAUGAUUUUUUUAAAAAAACUUGGAGAUACGUUAGGUGAAAAGGCCAGGCUGUAGGAUGAUCUCUUCUGUGUGAAGAGAGACCAUGAGACGUGCAGCCACCUCCAGAAAGGUCUCAGCCACGGGGAUCACAGGCUGGGGGCAGGGUCACACUGGACACUUCCUGUUGUUUGACUUUGUUCUAACCAUGUGUCUGCAUGAUCUGCUGUACAUUUUAAGAAAAUAGUUGAGGUGGGUGUGGUGGGGACGAUGCAGAGGGGGUGACCCCCUGAGGUUACUUGAGGAACAGAGACACGGUGGGAGGGGCCCUGCCAGCCCUGCUCUGACCACCACCCCAGCCCAUUAUGACCUCCCUGGCCAUGCCCAGGCCUUUGUGACAGGUGCCCCUGAGGCACCUGUGAGCCAUGACACCCAGAGGGCCCUCAGACUUGUGAGGUGUCUCAUGAUCUAGUCCCAAGGGGCAGAUGGCUCACAGGGCCAUCUGUAAGAGGGUGGCAGCUCAGGCCAGGCCAAAGCCUAGACCUGGGGUCAGGAAGGGGUCACAGGGAGGUAUGGAGGGGCCGAAAACCCUGGGACCCUGUGGCCACUCCCACCCCCAGUGCCCCUAACCCCCAGCUUUGAGCAGCCAUGGAGGAUGCCUGGACCCACCCUGCCAGGGGUUUGUAAGGUGGCCCUGCAUGGUGCCUCUCAGCUCCACCCACUCAGUGGAGUCUGCCAGGCCUUUCCCAGCCCCGGGGACAGGGGGUGGGGGGCCCAGGGUCGGUGACGAGGUACCUGGGAACUUUAUCACAGCUGAAGAGGGAGAGAUGCAGCGACAGAGGCCACGAGACCACCCGGCGGGGGCGAGACAAGGACAAGUAGAGACGGGGCUGGGGUGGGGCUGGCCCCUGCACUCAGGCCGCGAGCAGGGGACACCCACGCAGGGGGCGGGGCCCAGCUCAGGGCCCAGACCCUGCCCUUGCCCGCCCCUGACCCCGGGGGCAGGGACCCCGGCCUCGCCCAGGGCAGCCCCCUCCCAGCUCCAGAGCGUGCUCCUGGGGCCUGCAGAGCAGUCCUUUCUCCAGCUGGAGCAGGAGAACCAGAAUCUGUGGCUGUUCCCAUCUCUCUGCCCCCACCCCCAGAAAAGGCAGAACCAGGACCUGCGGGAGCAGCUGGGGGCCCUCCUGGGGCCGGGGCAGCAGUUCCUGCCCUUGUGCCCGGAGCACUUGAGCUGCAUGGCCCUGACCUGGUCCUUGACCACGGAUGCUGCUGAUGGCCUUGGGGCUGAGCUGGUGGCUCCUCUGCAGCCCCUUGAGCAGGCCAGCGCCCGGCCCCUGAAGGACAGGGCCCCUCUGCAGCUGCUGCAGCAGGAGCUGUGCCGGGGGAAAGAGUCCUUCGUGCAGCAGUCCCAGAACGAGCUGCAGCAGAUCCGACUGUCCUUUGAGAGGAAGAAGAUGGCCAUCACCGAGGUGUGGGACGGCGUGGCCGAAGUACACAUGGCCCUGAACAACCAGGCCACCGGGCUCCUGCUCAAGAAGGACAUCCGGGGGGUGCUGAACCAGAUGGAGGACAUCCAGCUGGAGAUUCUGGGGGAACGGGCCCAGUGCCGCAGCCGGGUCAGGAAGGAGCAGCAGAUGGCGUGCAUAGGGAAGGCGCGGCCUCAGCUGGGAUGUUCCGAGGGCCUCAAAGGCCAGCUCUGGCUGCUGGCCCUGAGGUUGCUGCUGGGCGCCCUGCUAGCCUGCACCGCCGCCUACGUGUACAUGGUGGACCCCGCGCCCUUCGAGGGGCUGGUGCCGCCCCUGCUGAGCCGUGCCACCGUCUGGAAGCUCCGGACCCUGCUGGGCCCGUUCUUGCGCCUUGAGGUGGACGACUUCCUGCCCUUCUAGGCCGGAGGCCCAACAGCCCCAGCGAGGAGGAAGCAAGGCGGCUGGUGUGGCCCAGGGUGCCCAGCGGCCGUGCCAGCCCCCACCCAUGGCACUGCCACGCACCGGUCCCAGCCCAGAGCCUUGGAGGAGGGUGGAGGCGGGGUCUGUCCUGAGGGCUGGGCCUGCGACUGGACAUAUAGUAGUGACACAAGGCCUGUGCACUUGUUUCCAUGGAAAUGGGGGCGGGGCACAGGAGGCUUUGCCGCCUUCUGAGGCGGAUCUUGCAGUGAGGGUCCCUGCCUGGUCCCUAGGGUCCCACUUGCAGUGGUGCCCCUGCCUCGUCCCCCAAGCCCCAUCCGCUGCCAGGGCAGCCUCUCCACAGGACGCCCCCAGACCGCCCUGGCCACCAGAAGGGCUCUGAGCAGAGGGUGUGCAGAAGGGGCUCCACUGAAAGUGAGACCCUCAGGCCUCAUCCCUGGGACUGGCGGACCUCG